GCGGAGUUUUAGUUUUUGAAAGAUGGCCGCUCUCAUACCGCUUCGCUUUCAGUUGAUAGUAAGCAAGCAAAUUCGAAACAUCUGCGCAAUCAGAAACACGUUAUGUGGAACAGCAGGCAGUCAACAGUACGAUAGCCCUAUGAUCCAGGCACGGUGCUAUGCCACCCAACGCCAUCGUAAGCUCAUAUUGGAAGCGCAGAAACGGAACAGGCAACGAAAAAUGCAGAAGCCCGUGGAAAAGCCCAAGAAGUUUUUGCGAGCCAAAAAUGCAGACAAGUUACUCCUCAGACCGAAGCGAGUGAACGAAGAUCACCUGCCUGAGCUUUCUGCAAACGCAGACGACGUCUACCUGAGGAUGUUCUUUGCAAAGCCUUGUUAUCCAGCUGCGGAGGUGAUUGAAAUGCAUAAGGAGACUCAUCACCCAACAAUAUUAAACGACCCAGAAGCCCUUCUCUACGCCUUUGUCGAGCUGGACCUGAGCCUGAAGAAGAAGAACAGGUACCGGGAAAAUUUUUCUGGCACAGUUCUGUACCCUCAUUCGUUUGAGAUAACAAAGAGACAAAAAAGAAUCAUGGCCCUCACAAAGAGUGCAGAUGCAGCCAGGGAAGCAUUAGAAGCAGGAGCUGAUGUUGCAGGUGGCCCCAACCUGAUUAAGCAGAUCCUAUCCGGUGAAGCCGAGUACAAAUCGUUCGACUACGUUCUAGCUUCUGUCGACAUCCUCGACAGUUUGCCGCAGCUGAGGGGUCUCCUGAAACAGAAAUAUCCCGUCGCCACAAAUGGCACAGUCGGUGCAGAUUUGCCUGCACUGGUGACCAGGUUCCUCCAUGGCGUAGAUUUUUCUUCCAGCAGUGAUCCUAAUGAAUUGGAUUAUGGCUUUGUACAAGUUCCAACAGGAAGGCUAAACAUGGAAACAGACCACCUCGUGGAAAACAUAAAGGCUCUGCAAACAGUUGAAACGUACAAACCCAAAGGGACCAAUCCAGGCACCUUCAUCAGUAAAGUCGAAUUGAAGAGCCCUCCAUCGACGGAGUAUUUCAAGAUCAAAUACGACGAUUUUCUUCCCGAGUACAAGGACGUUAAGAAGAAGAGCAAGAGUCGGACAGAGAAGAAGCAGCGGAACAGGCCGGGUAGAUUUGGGGCACCUUAAUUUCUGCCACUUUGCUUGUAUAGAGCCAUUGUACUAAGACUAUAGGAUAUAAAUGUCAUUCGAAUUUCCA